UAUCGUUAUUGAUGUUUUCAUUCGUGUUUUAUAUUGUAAAGAUUUUACUUCAAUAUUGUACCUUUUAAUUAAUUUUUCACUUUUAUUUAAUCAAUCAGCAUGUCUAUAAACGUAGGAAAUUAUAUGCUCUGUUGUCGAGUGUGUUUGGAAACAGAGAAAAGUGAAUUGUUCUUGAGUAUGUACGACACCCAUCCGCAGGGAUUCGAUGUAAAUUUGCAAACUGCUUUUCAAAAAAUUACUGGAAUAGAGUGCAUCGAGGAUGAGUAUCUACCUUCUAAAAUCUGCCAAAGUUGCCAUCUUCGGCUACAGGACGCCUAUAAUUUUAUCCUAGAAUGCUGUAACAACAAUUCAUUGUUGCAUGCUCUCAAAGAAGACGCCCUACGAAACGAGCAGCUCGACGAAGAGAGUUUAGACGUACAGGUUGUUUAUCAGAAUGAGCAACAUCCAGAAGAAACAAUCAUAGUCCGUGAAAGCAAGAGCCAGGAUACAUUCCAGAUUGACUGCUUUGACGAAAAAAGUUUUCAGAAUGUGCCAGCAGCAUGCAAGCAUUUAGUAGUGGAGUCGGAUGUGGAUCUAGCGGAGCAUCAAAGUGUAGCAGUUGGUGAUUCUCAAUCAUCUGGUGCAGAAGAGGAACGAUUAGAGGAUGCGACCGAUGCUGUGGAUUUUAUCUUGAAAAACUUUCAGAAGCCAAAUCCAACUCGGAAAAGAAUUAGGCAGCAGCAAACAGCGCGGAGGCAUAAAUGUGAAGUUUGCAACAAGUCAUUUCAACGGAAGUCAAAUUUAGUUGAUCAUCUUAGAUUGCACGCGAACGUUAAGCUCUUCUCAUGCAAUUACUGCGAUGCGGCUUUCGUACAAGCUGGUAAUCUCAAAAGUCAUAUCCGAAAGCAUACACUGGAGAAACCCUAUGAAUGUGAUACUUGUGGCAAAAGCUACAGCCAAUCCAGUGCCCUUAAGACACAUAUUAGAUCCCAUACAAACACCCGCAAUUACAUCUGUGAUGUGUGCCAGAAAGGAUUCACAAAUAGUUCCGAUUUGGGCAAGCAUAAAGUAACGCACACGGAUCUUCGUUUUUUCCAGUGUGUCCUGUGCCACCAGCGAUAUUUCACGCAGAAGAUACACCUCAAGAAACAUUUAACUUCCUACCACGCAAGCGAGGAUCAGAACGAGCUGCUGCGCAGAGGUAUCCUGAAAGAAGGUGUUCGCAUCGGUAGAAUGCACAUAGCUAGUAGAAGUACUGAGCUAUCGAGUGACGAAUAGCUGGGAAAGAUAGAUUCGAGCUGUAAAGUAUUUUAAGGGGAACAAUUUUUAAUAUAUUCCUGAAAAUAUAUCAAUACCAAAAUCAUGAUAAUCUGUAUUAAAGUUGUGAACUGC